AUGGCAGUCACAAAAAUCAAAACUCUGCGUAUCGCAUCAGCCUCCGGAUCGGUGACGGACCGACGCCAUGGACUGGCCGAGCUUGCUCGAGAGGAAGAUCUUCACUUCAUUGUCGGAGAUUGGAUGUCCGAGUAUAAUAUGACAACUCGAGGAGGAGCAAAAGUGAAGCAGAAUCAGCAGUCAUCGGAAUUCGAAACUUCGUUCAUGGAAUCGAUCGAACCCGCAUUGGCAAGUAUCUAUACGCGUAAGAUCAAAAUUGCCGUGAAUGCGGGAGCUAGUGACACGAAGAAGCUCCAUGAUAUUCUUGUUGAGACUAUAAAUGACAAAGGUCUCGGCCUCAAGGUUGCGUGGGUUGAGGGAGAUGAGGUUUCCGAUCUCCUUCAGCAAUCUAUCAAAGCAGGCGAAAAGUUCACCAACCUUACAACUGGGCAAAAAUUGUCUGACUGGGAGUUUGAUCCAAUCUAUGCCCAAUGUUAUCUUGGAGCAUGGGGCAUUGUUGAGGCUUUCAGCCAAGGAGCCGACAUUGUGCUUUGUGGAAGAGUGACAGAUGCUUCUCCUACAAUUGCCUGCGCGGCUUACCAUUACCAGUGGAGCAGGCAAAAUUUCGAUCAGCUCGCCCAUGCCUUUGUGGCUGGACAUUUCCUCGAAUGCUCAACAUAUGUCACGGGUGGUAAUUUCUCCGGUUUCAAAUCCUUGCAGGGUCCUGGUGUUGAUAUUGGCUUCCCGGUGGCCGAGAUAAAUGCCGGAGGUGAUUUCGUCGUAACGAUCCAAAAGGGUAAAGAUGGCAUGGUCACUGAGAAUACUUGCAAGGCCCAGCUUCUAUAUGAGAUUCAAGGCCCCCUCUACUACAAUCCUGAUGUCGUGGCGAUCUUGGAUGACAUAGUCAUCAAAGAAGAGGGAUUGAAUCGUGUGCAUGUCUCCAAUGUCAAGAGUAUUCAACCACCCCCAACAACAAAAAUUGGUAUUACAGCACUCGGUGGGUUUCAAGCCGAGGUCCACUAUUUUCUCUGCGGCUUGGACAUUGAAGAGAAGGCCGCUUUGCUUGAAAAGCAGGUCCGACAUCUCCUCGACGAAUCGCUCUAUCAUACUCUGAUCUUUAGAACGACCGGAUCGUGUGCCUCUGAUCCCUCCAGCCAAGACGCAGCGACAGUGGAUUUGCGAAUCUUUGCUCAGUCACGUUCCGAGGAUGCUCUCGCACCAGAAAACUUCUUCCGGCCAUGCACAGACACAAUCAUGCAGAGUUACCCAGGAGCCACAUUUGCAGUGGAUGCUCGCCAGGGCGUUCCAAAGCCUUAUUAUGAGUAUUUCGUUUCAAUCUUCCCACAAGACCGGAUGACACACAUUUGUCAUGUUCCAUUCAACAGCAAAGAAAUUACAAUCCCCCCUCCGUCAGAUACUGUCCCAUUUGCUUAUGAGCAGCCGUCAUACGAGACUAAGGCUCCAUUUAAUUUGGAGGUGUUUGGUUCAACCACCCGCGCACCACUGGGCUACGUGGUUCAUGCUCGAUCCGGUGAUAAAGGAUCCGAUGCCAAUGUAGGUUUCUUUGUUCGCCACGCUGAUGAAUGGGAUUGGCUGCGGACCGUUUUCAAAGUCGACAAGAUUCGAGAACUGCUCGGAAAAGAUGAUGUGGGAAACAAUAUCUUCCGCUUUGAAUUGCCAAAUAUCUGGGCUGUUCAUUUCCUCUUGAAGGAUCACUUGGAUCGCGGUGUGGCAUCGAGUUCCACUUAUGAUGUACUUGGCAAGAAUGUAGCAGAAUACCUUCGGUGUAAAUACGUCGAUAUCCCAGACAAGUUCUUGGCCCGUGGAAGGAUUUGA